AUGAGAAAUCAAAAUAGAUCAAAUGAAAGGGGACCAAUGUUCAUUAGAGCAUUGCCGAGCAUGCUCUUUGUGGGAGCACAGCAGGCGUUCACCCUGACGGCUGGCAAGCGGACACUGCGUCCUACGAGACACGAGUUGCCCGCUCCUGCCGCGACUUGGUGUACGCGGCCUGUGGCCGUUCAGGGGAAAGCCGCGCGACGCACUCGAGUAUCGCGCGCGAUGAAUACGCUGGCGAGCCGUGCGGUCUUGAGUCCUCCGCCUGAUAACACUGAGGCGUUGGCAGCCGUCCAGACGCGUCAAGUGCUGGACGCGGACCGCGGACUCCCGCUUACCUACGACGAGGACGCGAUUGCCGCCUACUGGUCGCGAAGGCCAACGGAGGUUGCGCGCCGCCUCAGCGAGAUUUCUUCGCUCUUGAUUCCUUUCCUGGUAUCGACGGCGACUUCGCGAAUGUCGACUGCAUCGGGAGCGGCGAAAGCGGACCUCGAGGUGGCACGAGCAGCUCGUCUGCGCGAGAUUCUUACCGAACUUGGACCAACUUUUAUCAAAAUCGGGCAGUGGCUCGCCGUUCGACCGGACCUCGUCGGCCCGGUUACCAUGCGCGAGCUACAAAAGCUGCACGAUGCGGUACCACCGUUUCCGACGGCAGUGGCACGGCGCAUGAUCGAAGAGGAGCUGGGGUGCUCCGUCGAUGACGUCUUCGCAACGCUCACGCCCGAGCCAGUCGCAGCUGCCUCUUUAGGGCAAGUCUAUCGGGGAACGCUCGCACGAGACCCGCAGAAAAAAGUCGCCGUGAAAGUGCAGCGACCUGAUAUGCUGCAGCGCGUCUCUCUGGAUUUGUUUUGCAUCCGUCGUCUGGCAGGUUCGGCGCAGAGCAUCCAGAAUCUCUUUACCGCCAAUCGAACGGAUUUUAUCGCACUGUUUACCCAAUGGGCUCGUGGAAUGUAUCUCGAGCUCGACUAUGUGAACGAGGGUCGUAACGCGGAACGCUUCGAACGCCUGCUCCUCGGUUGCUUGCAGCAGCGCGGUUCCGAUCCCGAGGCCAGGAUCACUGCUGAUCAGGUGAAAAUUCCCAAGGUUUAUUUCGAAUACACUUCACGACGGGUUCUGACGACCGAGUGGAUCGACGGAACCAAACUGGCAGACGCUCCUCCCGAGCGUAUCCGAGCAUUAGUGAACGUCGGUGUUGAGUGUUUCCUAACGCAGCUGCUGGAGACGGGGUUUUUCCACGCAGAUCCUCAUCCCGGAAACCUGUUAGCCACCGCCGACGGACGCUUGGUGAUUCUUGACUUUGGUCUUAUGGCUGAGAUUGAGCGCCCGCAAAUGGAUCGGAUGGUCGCCUCAAUCAUUCACUUGGCGAAUCGCGACUUUGAGGCCGUGGUCGAUGACUUUAUCGCGCUCGAUUUUCUCCCGGAUACCGAGAAGGUUCGGGAGAACCGCUCACGCAUCGUAGGAGUUAUGGGUAACAUCUUGAACCAGGCUCUAGAGGGUGGUGGCGCUCGCGCGAUCGACUUUCGAUCCCUGUCCAGCGACCUUGCCGCGGUAACCUUCGAAUUCCCGUUCUCGAUUCCGCCGUAUUUUGCCUUGAUCAUCCGAGCCUUGGGCGUGCUCGAAGGCAUCGCGCUGAAAGCGGACCCGAACUUCAAAAUGAUCAUGGAGGCGCUACCGUUUGUGAGUAGACGCGUCAUGACGGCGGCAAGCGCCAAUAACCAGACUUUACGCAAGGCACUGCGCGAGAUUCUCUACGCGAACGGGUCGCGUCUGCGGAUCGCCCGGUUGCGUACACUGAUCAGCUCAAGCCAGGGCCUCCUUAUCGAUGGCAAAGCAUUUGUAGACUUUGACGCUCCACCGAAACAGAUGGAUGCUGCAGCUAUGCGAGCUGCGUUGCGGUUUGUGCUGGCGAGCGAUGGCGGUAAGGUUCUGCGAGAGCUCCUCGUGGACGAGAUUGUCGAUGGCGUCGAGCUCCUGUUGGAUCCGAGACGACGCGGGCGGCGUGCGCCUCACGAUAUCGCCAAGCUUGAGACGUUGCGUGAGCUGGUGCAGUUUCUCGGUGAGCUGACCCCGACACUGCUCACAGCAGGAAUACAAAAGCAAUCGGACAGCUACUGGUCACGAGGAAGCACGCAGCGGGCGUUGCCAAUGGUAUCGCUUGUACCGCGAUUGUUGCCGCUGGUACCGUGGCUUCCAGCUCCCGACGCACUCGAGUGGCUACUGGAGCUCGCACCGCCUGCAAGCGACCUGUUUCGGCAAGUGCUCGGCCGACUCACUGAACGUGCUGUACAGCAAGGGUUUCGGCGGGUUCGCUAG